AUGACGGGGACCCGGCUGGCGGUUUCCGGCAGCCUCGGCAAAGGAGACUCUUGGGGGAUCUUCACCUUCCUGUGCGCCGCGCUCUGCAACCUGCCGGCGCUGCCCGCCCUCAACUGCACGGAGGAGCUGGGUGCCGGCCAGUCCAUCCAGAAGACCUACGACCUGACCCGCUAUCUGGAGCACCAGCUCCGCACCCUCGCCGGCACCUACGUCUACGGGGCGGUGAUGAACAUAAACCGGGGGAACCCGGGGAAGUUCGAGGUCGUGGUGGACUCGUGGCCCGAUUUCGGCGCCGUGCUGGCGCGGCAGAGCGGAGAGAUGCCGGUGGAUGACUGCUACAGGAACAUGCAUGGGGCUUUCUACCGGGAUGUGGGUGCCUACCGGGCGCUGCUGGAGACCCCCGGCUGCCUGCGCUGGGACACCGCCUUCCACAUCUUCGGGCUGCAGGAGGGGGUGGCCACGGUGUCACAGGCCAUCGCGGGGACCAAGGGGAUCGAGCUGGAGACCUCCGAUUACUACACCUACAUGCACCCCGAUCCCAGCACCAUGCCCGAACCCCGGCUGGACCCCGACGUACGGGUGGGUUCAGUGAGCCCGGCCCACGUGGAUCUGCUGAACGAGACGUGGACGUACGGGGGCAACGCGCGCAGCCGGCGGUACUUGGCGGAGGUGCUGAGUCGCUUUCCCAGCAUCUGCCUGCAGGAUGGGACCGGUCAGCCCGUCUGCUGGGUCCUGACCGAUCCCUUUGGGACGGGGGCCCACGGCUACACCCUACCCACCCAUCGCCGCCGCGGCCACAUGCAGGCGGCGAUAGUCCUCGCCGCCCGUCGGGCACAAGCCCGUGGCUUCCCCACUUUCGGGCACACGGCCACGGGCAACCUGCCCAUGCAGCGGCUGCAGGAGGAGCUGGGCCACCAACGACUGCCGGGGCUGUGCCACUUCGUCCUGCACAACCCCAGCCUGGGCAGGGCUGGACCCUGA